AUGCGGUUAACAGGUGCUGCGAGGGAGAUCCGGCCCGGCCACAAGGCCCUCGUGUCUAUCCUCCGGUCGCAGCGGCGCGCCUACAAUCUCGCGGUAGUCGGAGGUGGCAUCACCGGCCUCACGUCUGCGUGGUUAGCAUCACACAACCCCAAAUGCACCAGCGUCACACUCCUUGAGAAAGAACCACGAGUCGGCGGAUGGCUUCAGUCUGAGAAGGUCCCUGUCGACGGUGGACAUGUGCUGUUCGAGUAUGGCCCGCGCACCUUGAGAAGCUCAUUCCCGGGUUCAAUGCCUCUGCUCACCAUGAUGUGGGAUCUGGGAAUGUUUGACCAGAUCAUUACGACCUCUAGAAAAAGCCCGGCCGCGAGGAAUCGCUUCAUCUACUACCCAGAUCGUCUCGUCAAAAUACCUACCCUAGAUCUAUCUUCGCCUUCGGCCAGUAUAAACAGUAUCAUUAAUACAUUCCAAACACUCCGCUCUGAGCCAGUUUUUGAAAAUGUCAUGUCGAGCUUUCUUUUCGAGCCAACCAAGCCGCCGCGACCUCAUUCCGAAUGGCAAAAAGACGAGUCUAUCGCAAGCUUCAUUGGCCGCCGAUUCCACCCCAAAAUGGCAGAAAACCUGGUGUCAGCCGUCAUGCAUGGUAUCUACGCGGGAGAUAUCGAUCAAUUGAGUGCCCAGACUAUUCUAGGCUCCCUCCGCAACAUGGACGCUGAUGGUAUCUUAAAAGGCAUGCUUGACUGCGCCAUUGAGAAGAAGACGCCCCUGCAAAUGGAUGAUAUGAUUGCCUGGCAUGCGGUCCGCGGCCGCUCGGAUGAGGAUUCGGAAAUGCUUGUAUCUCAUAUGAGAAACGUGGUGAAAGAGAGCUCUACCUUUAUUCUCAAGGGAGGAACACAGCAGCUCGUCGAGGGCCUGGAGACUGCCUUGAAUAAGUCGGACAAAGUCAAAAUUUUGACCGGCACAAACAUCAAAUCUAUGACACAGCAGGCAGGUCGUGACUCAAUACAGAUCCAAACCGCGGAAUAUACCAGCUCCUUUGACCAUGUCAUUGCUGCGCUUCCUGCGCCUGCACUGGGAAAAAUUUUGGAGUCGAAAGAAAAAUUCCCCAAUCAAAAGGCCCCACCUCAUGAUACUAUCCAUAAGCUUCGAUCGCACAACUACGCUACUACGAUCAUGGUGAUCAACCUGUACUAUUCGAACCCCAAUCUCCUCCCCAUCGAAGGAUUUGGUUACUUGAUUCCUCGCUCCAUUCCCGCCGAGCAGAACCCCGAGUGCGGCCUAGGCGUCAUCUUCGCCUCCGCAUCCAGUUCCGGCACGAAUGCUUUCUACAGAGACAGAGAAGAAUCACAAGAUACCGCGCCAGGAACCAAGUUGACCAUCAUGAUGGGCGGUCAUUACUGGGACGGCUGGAAAGACAGCGACUAUCCAGACCACGACUCCGCCGUGAAAAUGGCUCGCGCCAUGCUGGAGAGACAUCUGGGCAUCACCGAUGCUCCCACGGUGGCGCGAACCCGCCUGCAGAAAGACGCCGUUCCUCAGUAUACCGUCGGUCAUCUUGACCGAAUGUAUUCACUGUCCAAGUCCGUCCGCAACGACUUUAACCGCCGGCUCGUUCUCGCUGGGAAUUGGUAUACUGGCGUGAGUGUGGGCGAUUGCGUGAGAUCGGGGAUGCUGGCCACACUACUCGGUACUGGUCAUUGGCGCCUAGGCGACCGGCCCGUGGAGGAUCGUGCCUGGGAACCCUGGAGGGAUUAUAAUUAUAAGGAUUGGGAGUUUGAAGGCGGGAUUCCUACGGCGCCGAUUCGAAUUUUCGACUUCCAUGCCGGAGAUUCAAAACGUUGA